AUGAAACCAGCGGUGACCUUCUGUAGCGUGCUGGGAUUGGAGCUUCUGCUCCUGCUGGCAGCAACGCAUGCCCACACAGACCAGCUCCUGCCGGGUGCGGCCAAUGCGCAGGAUCCGGACGCACUGCCCAUCUCCGUCGGUCCACCGAAGGAUAAUACCCAGCAGCAGCCUCCGGUCGACGGCACUAUAACGGACGGUAACGCUGGAAAAAGCGUAGUUGUGAAUUGGAAGCUGGCCUGCCAACAGCUCUGCAGUGCAGGGCUGGGCGGCCCCACCUGCGGGUCAAUAUGGCUGCGCACCGAUUCCACUACCGACUCGAGCACGCUCCCGGUGGACAAGGACACGCUGGACGGUGUGUGUCCUUCGCUGUGUGGCAACGGUUUGGGUGUAUCAAAAUGUAACUGCAAAGCUUACAAACCCAAGGCGCAGUUCAACCAGCACCUCAUCUGUCAGGCGUUCUGCCAGGUGGUCAACAUCCAGCUGAGCGGAUGCAGCAGUUGUGACGGAACGGGCCAGGGCAUCUUCGGGGCGUUGGAGCCCAUCGAAACGACGACGCCGAACUGGGACGAGCUCUGUUCGGUGUUCUGCAAGAUGGGCGACGGCGGGACGCUGUGCAAUUGUGAUUUGCCUCCGUUCUUCUAAGGACGUGCGAGGCAUCUCACCCUGAUUCGCUUAUGGUUUCGUCUAUGAUUUUGGACCGACAGAUGGGUGCCACGAGCAAGAGAGACGGCAUAAACACAAGCAACCUUCCUACGCAGUACAAAUAGCAUGUUCUUUUCUUCCUGAAUACGAAAAAUACGAUGGCCUCGAAAGCGUGGUGGAGGGAUGCAAAUUUUAUCGUUACAUAUCGCGCGGCCACGCGGUACUGCACGAGUGAUCGCCAGUCCGCGUCCGCACAGUUCAGUUUUGGUUCCUUGCGUGCGAUCUGCCAUGAGUUUGAAGGGUAGGAUUUUAAGAGAGUAGGAUAAGGAACCGUUUGCGCGGCCAUCGGUCAAACAUUCACAAUGACAAAUAUCACUCAGAGUGCUUCCAAAUCGAAGGUGAGAAUGACAAACUCGCAGGCAGCCGCGGUUGCCAUGGAGAAAUCGUAGGAUGCUUUGUCGAAAAGACGGCAGAAAAAAGGCGUCGAGGGCUAGCCAAUAGCAACGUAGCACAGUUUGCCAACAGUUACCUAGCGUAUGUCUUGAUCUAGUUAGGCUUUUGCGUUCAAAUGUUUAGUCCCUUCCGGCUGCCACUAGGGGGCUUCCGCGAUCGCGUGUCCUGGUGGCAGGGAAAAUGGAACAAAGGUCCAUAAAAGGUUUUUUCUUCUUUUCCCCAUUCGCAAGGACUACGAUGGCUGAGGUCCCGGCACCGGAAAUAGCUAAUGCAAAAACGAAACACCCGUGCGAACCCUAAUCCGGUUCCACGGGUUGACGUUUGACUACCCUUCCAUGUGUCAAUUUGUUUAGGAUUAAUUCUCUUACGGACCCGCGUUUCAGGUGCGCUGUGUGCGGUGGGGUUUUGCGUACUUUUAAGAAUAGUUAAUCAUCAGUUGAGCGCUGUCUCAAAAAUCCUCCCUUCCAGCUAAUCAAAAUCUCCCAUCUUCCCAAUUCCCAAAUCCACCAUCCCUGCUCAAAAGCGUUCGGUUAGCGAGAUCCUUCGUUGGAUUUCGUUGCAAGCAAACCAAGCGAUUGGAACUUCAUCGCAUCAGUUCAUCUCAUCAUCAUCAUGGCGGAAUCAUUGGCGACGGUUCAUAUAAGAAAGAUUCUGACGAUUCUUUUCCCAAAUUCGAAGCAAGCAACGACAGAAUUGCAAAAUGCUGUGAAAGACAAUAAAUACCAAAUAAACUAUUUGGAAGGAGCACGCGUGUGCGGGAGGUGAAGCGAAAAUUAGAAUACCCUUACAAAUAUAACUAAAUUAAACCGACACAACAACCAAGCAUAACGGCGCUUUAACUGAUAUCUAAAUGUUGUACAUGUUUCCCUGUUUCCUGGUGCUGAUAUAAAGCACUAAGCCGGCGGGGCGACAUUCAUAAGUGUUACGCGUAUUGUUCGUAAACUGUUUGCGCUUUGUUCGGUCGUCAGAUUUGCGGUAGGACCUGGUUGCAUGAAGAAGCUUAACACAAUGAUAUAAUCACCUAUGCAACCCCAUCUCGAUCGUUCUCAUCAGACAGUUUACAGACUUGACAUCUCUGCAGGGUGCCGAUUUCGCUCGAUUGAUCCACGGGCGGAUUGCCGAACAACUCGGUGUACGAUAGCAUAUAAGGCUUCGGUGUCUGCAAAUUUUAAGCCUAUAUAAAUGUGUAAUCGCCACGUGGUCGGCGUUCCUUAACUGAUGUUGAUGUAUGCUAUGUCUGAAUAAAGGUGUACAUUGAUAUAUCGCCAACAAACCCGA